AUGUUGUAUGGAGGUCUUAAAGAAACCAACGAAUUGAAUGUGAAUAUAAGUGAAGCACCUGUAACCUUCUUUAAAAUAAUUCUUGGAUAUAUUUAUACUGGUCGAAUAGAUUUAAGUGCUCUUCAGGAAGCUCUUCAAGGAAUUCUCAAUCGUGACACGUUUUAUACCAACGAAGUACGUAUAUUCAAUGAGGUUUGUCGUUGGAUCACUGAGAACCAACACGACCUGGAUCGUGAUAGUAAAAUCAAAGUUUUAUCGGCCGUCCGAUAUAAUUUAAUGAGUAAUGAAGAACUGUCUGAGGCCAAGGAAUCAAAACUGAUUAGUUCGGAUAUAGUUUCAGAUGCCAUACAAUUAAGAAAUACGUUGUCAACAGAUAAGCCUCAAUUUCGGGGACAGCUAAAACCCAAUGUGAGUCUUACUUUUGUGUCUCGGAGAUCUCCAGAUUCUCGUGGUUUUUCGGAUCUAUAUAACAGAUACGGUACUAAUAUGAUAAAGUUAAAUACUCCAUCAACCAUAAACUAUAUUGAAAAAUCGUUAUGGAAUGAAGUUAACGUUGACAAACUAAAGUGUUACUCUUAUUACGUUGAAGUUUCAAGGGAUGAGAUCAAUUGGACACGGGUUAUAGAUUAUUCAAAUUAUAAUUGUCGAGCAAUUCAACGUUUGUGGUUUCCUCCAUGCAUAGCUCAGUAUAUACGCAUUGUUGGAACCAACAGUUCUGCUAAUGCGACUUUCAAAAUUUGGCUUGUCAAAUACAAUACAGAAGAUAUGUCCACAGUGGAAAUCGAGAACGGAUUUGUCAUUCCUAAGGACAACUAUAAUGUCGCUUCAGAUUUUUCUGACGCAAUUGUAAUCGAAGGUGAAAAUAAUGUUAAUAAUAUAUCGCUAUUAAAUACAUACUAUGAAGACAAAGCUAGGGAUGACAGCUACACAUGGCAUCGGCUGGAAUCGGGUUGUAUAGUGGUUCAUCUUACACAACCAUAUAUACUUAGUUCAAUAAGGUUGCUGCUUUGGAGUGGCGAUAACCAAGCCUACAGUUAUACUAUUCAAGGUUCUCUGGAUAAUCAGAAUUGGCAAAUGCUUGUAGACAAAUCUGAGGAGCUAACACGAUCUUGGCAAAUUUUGAAUUAUGAACCCACACCGAUGCUCUACAUUCGUAUAACUGGCGUUAAAAGUUCAACAGGCAAUGAUUUUCGUUGUGUAUAUUUGGAGGCUCCCAAUCAAGUUACAUAAGACUCCAACGUAGAAAACGAUCGUACGAAUAACAACGAAACAGUCGCUUGAACCGAGUUCUAGUUAUAAGCAUACUUGUGUUCGUUACAAUGAUA